AUGAUAACGUUAACAGAUCAAACUACUCAUAAGUCUAAGAGUAAGGUCAUCUUUAUUGUGAUGAUGUUCAUCAUAUCACUUGCGACGUUCUUAUCACAAACUGAAUUCACGUCUCAAGCAUAUCUGUUGGGAUUUAAGGAACCUAUAAUAUUAUUAUUAGUUACUCAUGGUUCAUGGUGGAUUUUAUGGCCAUUACAAGUGAUUGUUCUUGCAGUUUUCAGAGUCACCACCAAGUUCAUGAAUAGGGAUAAAAAGAAUGAGUAUCAGUUAUUGAAUUCAAAUACUGAAUUACUCCCACCCAAACAAAUAAACUAUUUAAAAUACUUUAAAAAAUCCAUCAUCAAACAAUUUCAUAAUGUUUAUCAUACUUCCAUCAUAAUAUAUGAAAAUAAUGUAAAUGGAGAUGACAGAACUGAAAAUAUCAAUGAAUUAAUCGAAAAACAUCCCCAUAUUACUUCCAAUCAAUCCAUUAUAUCUUGUGCUGAUUCGUUUUUAAGAACUCCUUCCAUCAAAUAUAUUGUUUGGAACUGUUUCUUAAUGACUGUGUUAUUGAACGUUGCUGGGUUUACUUGGUAUGGUGCUAUGUCUAUCACAUAUGCUUCAGAUGUUACGGCUAUUUAUAAUUGCUCAGCCUUCACAGCUUAUGUUUUCGCUAUACCGUUAUUAAAAGAGAAGUUUUCAUGGUUAAAAGCAUCAUCAGUUAUGAUUGCCGUGUUGGGAGUUUUCGUAGUAGCUUAUUCUGGUAGUGACGAUGCCAAUGAAGAAUAUCCUUUGAGAUUUUGGGGGAAUUUAGCUAUUUCUGUGGGUGCAGUUAUUUAUGGGUUAUAUGAAGUUUUCUAUAAGAAAUACUUAUGUAUCCCUGAACAUUUGUCCAAAUUAAUCACUCCUAGAAGACAAUUAGUAUUAGCUAAUUUUGUUAUGUCCAUGUUAGGAUUUUUCACCUUGCUUAUUUUGUUAGUUGGGGUUUUAGCUGUGGAAAUUUUUGGUUUCCAUAGUUUCAAUUUAUUUGACUACGAGAACGUUAAGGCGAUCUGGUUGUGCAUUGUUGGAUCAAUUGUAUCCAAUUUAAUGUUUUCUGCAUCAUUUUUAUCAUUAAUUUCAUUGACUGGUCCUGUUUUAUCAUCAGUCAGUUCAUUAUUAACCAUCUUCUUGAUCGGGGUUGUUGAAUGGAUCUUAUUUGGUAAUGUAUUAAGUAGUCAACAAAUCUUUGGUGACUUGUUAGUGGUUAUAGGUUUUGUCUUAUUAACCGUAGCUUCAUGGAAAGAAAUCAGUGAGGGUAGUGAUACCGAUGACGUUGAAAUUAUCUCCAAUUAUUCAUUUGCUUUAAGUGUAAACACUAAUCAGGAUUAG